UGCUUUACAUAGAGCCCAACUGUAAAAAAAACAACAAAAAACUGUCAGGUGUGAUGCAUGUUUCCAACACAAGAUGGGAAUAUUUGCCUGAUUUAAGAGACAAAAAAAAUCAAAAUGAGAAUAAUAAAUGGACCGCUUGGAUCCAGCACUGGGAAAGUGAUGGCGUAUACAUCAAAACUUCCCGCGUCCUGGAAUGACAGACCCCCUCCGAGGAAUGUGGACAUUGACCUUAGUUCCCCUGGUUUAGCCGUGUUUGAGCUGGAACGCCUCCUUUUUACUGGCAAAGCCAUCAUCAGCCAUGCAGAUGAGGUGUGGCCAGGUGUCUACAUUGGUGAUCAACAAAGUGGCGAGAACCGCAAUGAUCUAUGCAAGCAUGGCAUCACUCACAUCCUGAAUGCGGCUCACAGCGAACGACAAAGCCGCCCUGAGAUCUACCAGGGAAUGAAGAUCGUCUAUAAGGGCGUGGAGGCACGGGAUUCGUGCGGCUUUGACAUGAGCGUAAACUUCCAGGCAGCUGCCGACUUUAUCAGCAUGGCUCUGAGCAGGGGAGGCAAAGUCCUGGUGCACUGCCAGGUCGGAGUGAGCCGCUCUGCCACCUUGGUUCUGGCGUACUUGAUGCUGAAGCAAAGGCUCACUCUAGUGGAGGCUAUUUGUGCUGUGAAAGAGAACAGGGGGGUCAUUCCCAACCGAGGUUUUCUCCGACAACUUAUUCAUCUGGAUUGGCAACUUUUUGGCAAACAUUACUGAAGCCAGAAAAAUACUAAAGCUUUCUCAGGAACGUUCCAUCCAACUUGUUAAUACAGUACCUUCUCAAGAAACAAUACUAUGUAAUUAAAUCUGUGUACUGCUUGCAUAGCGCCAUAGAUUUAAAAUGCACUGAAAAGAACUCAACACGCAAUCUUUAUUUUUUUAUUUAUUUAUAGAGAUUUAUUUGAAAUAGGGACAGAUACAAAAACAUAGACAUGUGAAACAGUUAUCCAAUGUAUGCAUCAUAGUGUUUGUAGCCAAAGCCAAUUUACAACACUUGUCCCCAACAACAACAACACAGAUCCAACAUCAUUAAAAUAGGUAAAUAAAAAAUAGAAUAAGGCAAAGAUGAGUCGAUAAUAAUGAUAAUAGAAAUAAUACAGACAAAGUGCAAACUAGAUAAAAGCCAAUAAUAAUAAUAACACGGACAAAGUGAAGACUAGAUAAAAACCAAUUAGUAAAAAAAUAAUAAAAACUAAACAUGGGAACAUGAUUGUUGCUCAACUAGCCAUAAUGUUGUUUGUUUUUUGAAAGUGACAAGUGCAGGUAUACUUUUCAAAGUGUCAGGUAGAGCAGUGGUCCCCAACCACCGGGCCGCAGAAUAAUUUUUUAUUCAUUUUAAUUGGAAAAAAAAAAAAUAAUAAAAAAAAAAUAUAUAUAUAUAUAUAUAUGUAUAUAUAUAUAUUAUUAUUAUUAUUUUUUAAUUAAAUCAACAUAAAAAACCCAAUAUACACUUACAAUUAGUGCACCAAUCACAAAAAAAUCAAUUUUUCAUGACAAAAACGUCCUUUUUUCAUGACAAAGAAAAAAAUAAAUAAAUAAAUAAAAUAAAGAAUCCCCCCAACCCACCCGGGCCGCGGGACAAAUUAUUAAGCGUUGACCGGUCCGCGGAUACAAAAAGGUUGGGGACCACUGAGGUAGAGCGUUCCAUAGUUGUGGUCCUAUUAUUGAAAAGGCAGUCUAGGCAAAAGUUAUUGUUUACAAUGCUGCAUGUCGGCUGUUGUCGUGAUCCCAGGAUGCAGAGAAGGCAGGCGUUGUGCAGGCGCAGGGUCGUUUAAUUAGGGAACCAGGCAGAAGAAAUGUAACACGGGUCUUAGCAGGAAACUAGAAGGCAGCAGAACACUUGGGCAUACAUCCAUCCAUUUUCUACCGCUUAUUCCCUUUUAGGGUCAUGGGGGGCGCUGGCGCCUAUCUCAGCUACAAUCGGGCGGAAGGCGGAGUACACCCUGGACAAGUCGCCACCUCAUCGCAGGGCCAACACAGAUAGACAGACAACAUUCACACUCACAUUCACACACUAGGGCCAAUUUAGUGUUGCCAAUCAACCUAUCCCCAGGUGCAUGUCUUUGGAAGUGGGAGGAAGCCGGAGUACCCGGAGGGAACCCACGCAUUCACGGGGAGAACAUGCAAACUCCACACAGAAAGAUCCCAAGCCUGGGUUUGAACCCAGGACUGCGGGACCUUCAUAUUGUGAGGCAGACACACUAACCCCUCUUCCACCGUGAAGCCCCUUGGGCAUACAAUGGAUCAGUUUUCCCAUUGUUGGGCGACAAGCGCCCCCUAGAGGGCUGCCAAAAAAUAUCAGUUCCUCAGCUGCAGUCCGUGUGGGCCGUACUCCGCUAUAUUACACUUUAUACGCCAAUUGGGGCAGUAAUGACGAUAUCAAACAAAUCAGCCAAAGUCUGGUGGUAAAGAAGGUAUUUUAAGGCCAAGGAGCGAUGUACAGUGACUACUCUGUUAUUAUUGUCAUGUUUCUUUUUUCUAGUAUUGUCUCUCGGGAACACGUGAUAACAUUGCUGAAAGGAUGAUACUCACUUUGUGAGAUAUUGUGCAUACAGUCGGGGUCAAAAGUUUACAUACACUUGUAAAGAACAUAAUGUCAAGGCUGUCGUGAGUUUCUAAUCAUUUCUACAACUCUUAUUUUUUUGGGAUAGAGUGAUUGUAGCACAUACUUGUUGGUCACAAAAAAUAUUCAUGCAGUUUGGUACUUUCAUGAAUUUAUUAUGGGUCUACCGAAAUUGUGACUACAUCUGCUGGGUCAAAAGUAUACAUACAGCAAUGUUAAUAUUUGGUUACAUCUCCCUUUGCGAGUUUCACUGCAAUAAGGCACUUUUGGUAGCCAUCCACAAGCUUCUGGUUGAAUAUUUGACCACUCCUCUUGACAAAAUUGGUUCAGUUCAGCUAAAUGUAUUGGUUUUCUGACAUGGACUUGUUGCUUCAGCAUUGUCCACAUGUUUAAGUCAGGACAUUGGGAAGUCCAUUAUAAAACCUUAAUUUUAGCCUGAUUUAGCCAUUCAUUUACCCCUUUUGACGUGUGUUUAGGGUCAUUAUCCUGUUGGAACACUCAACUGCACCCAAGACCCAACCUCCGGGCUGAUGAUAUUAGGUUGCACUGAAGAAUUUUGAGGUAAUUGUCCUUUUCCAUUGUCCAAUUUACUCUCUGCCACUGGCAGCAAAACAGGCCCAGAGCAUAAUACUACCACCACCAUACUUGACGAUAAGCAUUAGAGAUGCGCGGUUUGCGGUCUCAUCCGUGGAGUCCGCGGAUAAACCGCGGGUCAGGCUGGUGACAUGACGAAAAAAUAGAUUUUAAUUAUAUUCGGGCGAGUGGCGGUUGAACCAUCCGGAAAUAUUUGAUAUACAUGGUUCUGGGAUCGGUAUCCUUUGUCAUUCAAAGAGCCAUUUAAGACCAGUGUCAUAAAGCGAAGAAGACAAUAGGAGACGCUAAUAUUCUCUAGAAUGACUGCCAGCAGUCACCCAGAUGAGUAUUAGGGCGUGCUAUGAAGUCAUUGACUUUGUCGCCUUCUACAGCAUGUACGAUCUGCUUGUCAGUCCAGCAUCAUGUAGUGUGUGGCUUCUGCAGACACACGCACACGACUGCAAGGCAUACUGGGUGACACAGAUUACACUAAUGGUUGUGAUAUAAACAAUUUUAACACUCUUAGUAAUAUGCGCCACGCUGUGAAGCCACACCAAACAAGAUUGACAAACACAUUUCGGGAGAACAUCCUCCCAGUAACACAACAUAAACGCAACACAACAAAUACCCAGAAUACUUUGUAUCCAUGAUAAUUCCUGACAAUGUUAUACACCCCGCUAACAGCAAACCCCGUCAACCCCCGGAUUAACAUUCGGUUUGUACAUGUUGUUGAAGGUGUCAAUGGCAAUGGAUUCACAGCACGCCCAUAUUCUUGUCAUCAGGUUGAACGGCAAUUGGAUAUUCGCGUGAACGUUAGCGGCUCCAAUUGUCUUCAUUACUCUGUGAAACGGGUUUAAAUAGCUCUGAGAGUGGUAAAGGUGGCCAACCUCUGAAGUAUUUCAGCGGGCGGGCGGUUGCGGUUCUGAUAAAAUGUUGGUUUGGGUGGAUGACGACUUUGGUGAUGCGGUUGCGGAUGAUAUAAUUGCAUAUCCGCGCAUCUCUAAUAAGCAUGGUGUUCCUGGAAUUAAAGGCCUCACCUUUAAUCCUCUAAACAUAUUGCUGGGUAUUGUGGCCAAACAGCUCAAUUGUUGUUUCAUCUGAUAUCACAUGGACAGAGAUAAGGCCUUCUGGAGGAAAGUUCUGUGGUAGUGUAUGUAAACUUUUGACCAAGACUGUACAUGUGUGUUCAUUUUUAACAAAGCAAUGUGAAUAGGCCGAGCUUCAUAUGCUUAUUACAGUAAACAUAUGAAAAAUAAAUAUUGGAAAUGUGUGGGAAGUGAAUUAAUGAACUCAUAUUAUGUUUUGCAUACGGUGAAUGUUUAUAUUCAUCUGAGAGAAAGCAGACCCCCGGUUUAACUAGUAGGUAUUUCAAUUUGGGCACAACAAUAGGACCCAUGAGUACUGACGUUUGUGUGUGGAUUGAAUUAGGUAAUAAAAUCUGACCUUGGUAUGCAGAGGCGAUGGCCCUUUUUGUGAGAAGAGCCUACAUAAUUUGCUAAAUGACCGCAUCUCUUCAUCUGUUGUCUUUUCAGUCACUUACACACAAACAUCAAUCAAUCAAUCAAUGUUUAUUUAUAUAGCCCUAAACCACAAGUGUCUCAAAGGGCUGCACAAGCCACAACGACCUCCUCGGUUCAGAUCCCACAUCAGGGCAAGGAAAAACUCAACCCAGUGGGAUGACAAUGAGAAGCCUUGGAGAGGACCGCAGAUGUGAGGGACCCCCGCCCCUAGGGCAACCGGUGCAAUGGACGUCGAGUGGAUCUACAAACCCCGUUUCCUUUUGAGUUGGGAAAUUGUGUUAGAUGUAAAUAUAAACGGAAUACAAUGAUUUGCAAAUCAUUUUCAACCCAUAUUCAAUUGAAUGCACUACAAAGACAAGAUAUUUGAUGUUCAAACUCAAACUUUUUUUUGUUAGCAAAUAAUAAUUAACUUUGAAUUUCAUGGCUGCAGCACGUGCCAAAGUAGUUGGGAAAGGGCAUGUUCACCACUGUGUUACAUCACAUUUUCUUUUAACACUCAAUAAACGUUUGGGAACUGAGGAAACUAA